AUGUCUCUCCCAUUGACACUAACGUCAGACCUGGAGGCCACCUGGGACACCAGAGACAAUGAUGGCUUUGAAGUCCAGGAGGGGCCGCCUCUGGCUGUACCUGAAUUUCCUCUGUGUGCACUGCAUCCGAUCUACGGAGUCUGUGGCCCUCUCAGCUCCUUCUUCAUCAUCUGCCGCAGGCCUUGUGCAGCGGAGACCCUCAAAUCACCCCAAUAUGGUCCGUUGGACACCCCUGAACAGUCCCUCAAACCCAUAUGCCUCGUGUCUGGAAGAAGGGAACUCACAAGGAGCCAGGAAGCUGGAGGCAAGCCCCUGGCCGCAGGACACGAGGAGGAGGAACCACUACAGGACGCAGCCCCUCAUGCUCAGGAUAGUCAGAGGGAGGAACUGCCACCCUCCUGCACCAUCUCGGGAGAGAAGAAGCCACCAGCAGUCUCUGGAGAACCUGCUGGGGCUGAUGCUGGGAGACUGUGCCCACACCCCAGCUCCAGGGCUCCCCACAAAGACAGAGCUCUAGCCCGCUCCAGACCCCAGCCUCAGGCGGAAGAUGGUUCCCUCCCAGUGGAAGAGGUGAAGAUAGGAAAGGGGUCCUAUACUCCGGCCCCGGGGAAGCAGAAAAAGCCUAAUGCCACGGGUCUGGCCCCAAUAUCAUCUCCUGGUGUCCCUAGCUCAGCCCGUCCUACGCACAACCCAGUGCCCUGUGGGUCAGGUCGGGGCCCCUGUCACCUGGCCAACCUCCUUAGCACAUUGGCCCAGAGCAAUCAAAACACAGAGCAGAAGCAGGGGCCCCCGGAAGUGACCUGCCAACUUAGGAAAAAGACACGAACCCUAUACCGCUCAGAUCAGCUGGAGGAGCUAGAGAGGAUAUUCCAGGAAGACCACUAUCCUGACAGUGAUAAACGCCGGGAGAUCGCCCAGAAGGUGGGGGUGACCCCCCAGCGCAUCAUGGUGUGGUUCCAGAAUCGCCGGGCCAAGUGGCGAAAAACUGAGAAACUGAAUGGGAAAGAGAGCAAGGACAAUGCUUCAGCCCCUGGCCCGGCCAGCAGUCAGUGCAGCUCUACAGCUGAGCUCCUGCCUCCUGUGACCGUGGAGCCAAAGCCUGACCCUUUCCCUCCGGAGUCCCCUCUGGAUACCUUUCCAGAGCCCCCCAUGCUGCUGACUUCUGACCAGACUUUGGCCCCCACCCAACCCAGUGAGGGUGCUCAGAGAGUAGCAACUCCCCCUCUCUUCAGCCCCCCACCUGUGCGAAGGGCCAACCUUCCUUUCCCCCUUGGCCCUGUCCACACCCCCCAACUGAUGCCGCUGCUGAUGGACGUUGCCGGCAGUGACAGCAGCCACAAGAAUGGCCCCUGUGGGUCCUGGGGGACAAGCAUUACCCUGCCGCCCCCCUGUUCAUAUUUGGAAGAGCUGGAGCCCCAGGAUUACCAACAGAACAACCAGCCGGGGCCCUUCCAGUUCUCCCAGGCUCCACAGACCCCACUUUUCCAACCCCCUCAGCCCCAGUUUCCCUACCUCCCCAGUUUCCCCUUCUCUAUGUCCAGUUCACUGAUGCUUCCACCACCUGAAGACUCUCUGUUUACAUUCCCCUGCGGCUCCAGCGGGGGCACAUCGCAGGGCUAUUGCCCAGGCACCUCCUCGGGGCAGAUCCUGAUGCAGCCGCCUGCUGGGAAUAUGGGUGCAGCCUCCUGGAGUGACCCCUCUUUGCUGGAACUGCCCUUCCCAGGUCCGUUCUGCCCGCAAGCUCUGGGGCACCCCCCAGGAGGUGACGGCUACUUUCCUGAUCUAUUUCCAGCUCCCUGCACUCAGGCUCCAGGCAGGCAGUCUUUGUCAGGUCUCUCCCGGCUGCCUGAAGGGGCCAGGCCAGGGACCGGGCCCUUACACAGCAAGGCAAAAGAGGAACCACUGGCUGCUUCCCUGGAUCAGCCCUCAGCACUGGAGGAGGCCAGAGGGGAUGACAAGAAUAGCCAUGUCCCCUAGUUGCGGGGGACAAAGAGUGAAAAAGGGCUGCUUGGUGGGAUAGGAUUGGGCCCACUCAGAGGACAGGGGUUGGAGGUUUGGGAAAGAGUGUGGACUCUGUAGACUGAGGCGGGAGUCAGACAUUUCCCCUGCAUAGGCUCGUCUUGCUGAUAUAAGAAGGAAGAGGGAGGGCCCUUUCUUUUUCUCCACAAUUCUAUGUGGGGCUCCUGAAGAAAGCAGGUGGCCUGUGUUACUUAUGAAUGCUGUAUCAGGUGUUUUUGUUUGUUUCCUAUCCUGCUUGAUGAAUGAGCUGGAGUGUUCACUGUAAGCAGUAAACUAGUCCACCGUGGGGUUUU